AUCUUUCUCGAAACCGUUGGAAACAUGGCUCGUACCAAGCAAACUGCACGAAAAUCAACUGGUGGAAAAGCUCCACGUAAACAGCUCGCCACUAAGGCAGCUCGUAAGAGCGCUCCUGCUACUGGUGGAGUCAAGAAACCUCAUCGUUACAGGCCUGGUACGGUCGCUCUUCGUGAGAUCCGUCGUUACCAGAAAUCCACCGAGCUGUUGAUCCGCAAGCUGCCCUUCCAGCGUCUUGUGCGAGAAAUCGCUCAAGAUUUCAAGACAGAUCUGCGUUUCCAAAGCUCGGCUGUGAUGGCCCUUCAAGAAGCUAGCGAAGCUUACCUUGUUGGUCUGUUUGAAGACACCAACUUGUGCGCCAUCCACGCCAAGCGUGUCACGAUCAUGCCUAAGGACAUUCAGUUGGCCCGCCGAAUCCGCGGAGAACGAGCUUAAGUGAAGAACCUCCACAAAACAAACGGCUCCUAUAGGAGCCACCACAUGAAUAAAAGCAAUGACCAAUAAAGUUUAUAAAAUAUA